UUUCGAGAAUUCCACAAAAAUAUUUCUGACUCUUUAUUCCUUUUACCGUUAGUGUCAUAUUACUCUCCCCACUGUCCUUGAAUUAUUGUUCUCCAAUGUUUUCCCAUCAGUCCAUUCGGGUUGCGUUGGAAAGAACAUGGCGGCCUCGCAGGGACGGUUGGUGGGGUCUAGAGGGCUUCAUUCAACAAGAUGCCUCCUGAGAACCACCAACAUUUCAACUGCAAAGUCUACAAUAUCGAAAGGAAUAGGAGCUAAAGAAUGUAGAAGGACAUUUUUCAUAUCGAUCUUUCGCCAAGCUGUUCCCACCACACAAAUCCUCAUGCCUGCACUGUCACCCACCAUGGAAGAAGGAACCAUUGUAAAAUGGAUGAAAAAGGAAGGUGAUGCUGUCUCCCCUGGGGAUGUACUCUGCGAGAUUGAAACUGACAAAGCCACAAUCUCUAUGGACAGUGAUGAGGAAGGAAUCUUGGCAAAGAUUAUUGUUCCAGAUGGGAGCAAAAAUGUCAAGAUAAAUCAGUUAAUUGCUCUUAUGGUAGAGGAAGGUGUGGAUUACACACAGGUUGAGGUGCCGCUUGAUACAGGUACGACACUGGUAUGACAGCUGACAGUACAGUUAUGCUAUUACAUAGGUAACUCAAGCAUUCUAUUCGCCAUUUCCACAUCCCCCAUACUAAACCUUGUU